AAUAUAUAUAGGUGAGAAAGAAGCAGCUAGCACAUAGGAGUGGUACAAUUUUGUCAAUGGCGACUAUGAUUGUACCAAACUCUAUAGCUUUCCAACUUUCUGCUAAUUCUCUCUUCUUCCUCUUGCUCAUUAUCUUCUGCUCUUCCUGCAAGACUACAUUUGCAUUCCAAGGGACAAAAAGCAAGUCCUUUCACCAUAUUCUUCACCUUAAUUCUCUACUCCAAUCAGCUGCUUGCAACUCAUCUACCCAAGGUCUUCACCACCAAAAAUCAUCUUUACAAGUUGUCCACAAGCACGGUCCAUGCUCUCCGCUUCAUUUAGACAGAGCCAAAACACCUCCCACUCAUGCGGAGACUUUCUUCCAAGAUGAAGGCCGAGUUAGAUAUAUUCAAUCCAGGCUAGCCAACAAAUCAGGCUCCAAGGCGGAUGUGAAGGUGACUGAUGUGGCCAAUCUCCCAGCCAAGGAUGGCAGAGUGGUGGGCUCAGGGAAUUAUAUAGUCACCGUGGGUGUUGGCACACCAAAGAAACAACUGUCUCUCAUAUUUGAUACAGGGAGCGAUAUCACCUGGACACAAUGUGAGCCUUGCCUAGGUUAUUGCUAUCACCAGAGGGAUGCCAAAUUCGACCCCUCUGUUUCCUCAACAUAUUCCAACGUUUCCUGCAACUCGGUACAGUGCAGUUCACUCGUGUCUGCAACAGGUCAUCUACCUCUUUGCUCGUUGUCAACAUGUGUCUACAGAAUUCAAUACGGAGACUCUUCUUUCUCGACCGGAUUCUUUGCCAAAGAAAGGCUUACCUUGACGCCAUUUGAUGUGUUCGACAACUUUCUUUUCGGUUGUGGUCAAAACAACCAAGGUCUUUUUGGUGGUGCAGCUGGUUUGUUGGGACUUGGCAGAGAUCAGUUAUCUUUACCUUCACAAACAGCCAGGAAAUACAACAAAAUUUUCUCUUAUUGCUUACCAUCGUCCUCCAGCUCGAUUGGUUUCCUAACUUUGGGCAAAUGCAGGAGGUACGGCUCGAAAUCCGUAAAAUUCACUCCAUUAUCCACAAGCAUUCAAGAUUCAUCGUUUUACGGCCUUGACAUUACUGGAAUCAGCGUUGGUGGCAAAAGACUAUCGAUUUCAGCAUCGGUUUUCACCACAGCUGGUGCAAUCAUCGACUCUGGAACUGUCAUCACACGCUUGCCACCGGAUGCUUAUGCAGCACUACGGUCUGAAUUUCGACAAAGGAUGAGACGGUAUCGAAUGGGUAGAGAACUUUCAAUACUUGACACAUGCUAUGAUUUCAGCAAAUACAAAUCUGUUAAUAUUCCAAAGAUAAGCUUCUUCUUCCGCGGAGGCGUUAAGUUGACAAUCCCACUGGUGGGGACUUUGUACGUUGCUAAUGUGUCACAGGUAUGCCUAGCAUUUGCCGCAAACAGCGAUGCCAGUGAUAUAGCGAUAUUUGGGAAUACGCAGCAGAAAACACUGCAAGUGAUAUACGAUGGUGCUGGAGGAAGGGUUGGCUUUGGUACCAAGGGAUGCUAUUAAGUUAGUAAUCUAAUGAAGAAGUGAAUCUUCAAAUAAUCUCCACCAUCAUACAAUAAUAAUGAUGGGAUUAAGAUUGAAUAACUAUUAUUGGCUAAAGCUAUCUUUCAGUAGUAUUAAGUUUCAACAUUUCUGCAA